UGGGCAAUAUUGUUCCCGAAGGUCCUCUUUUUUAUAAUUAAAUGUUUUUUUGUCCUUUAUUUUCUUAAUUUUGUCAGUCACAAACGAACCCUAACCCUAAAUCUUUCUUUCUCGAUCUUUUCUUCUCACUCUUCUUCUCUACCGCGAAGAUGUCUCACUUUGGAAGGUCAGGUCCUCCCGACAUCACCGACACUUACUCUCUUCUCGUCCUUAACAUCACCUUUCGCACGACCGCUGAUGAUUUGUUUCCGCUGUUCGACAAGUACGGGAAGGUCGUCGACAUCUUCAUUCCCAAAGAUCGAAGGACUGGUGAUUCUCGAGGUUUUGCAUUUGUGCGCUAUAAAUAUGCAGAUGAGGCACAAAAAGCUGUGGAGAGGCUCGAUGGGAGAGUCGUCGAUGGUCGGGAGAUAACAGUUCAGUUUGCAAAAUAUGGGCCCAACGCAGAGAGGAUUAACAAAGGAAGGAUUGUUGAAUCAUUACCAAGGUCAAGAUAUAGGUCAAGAAGUCGCAGCCCUCCGAGAAAGCACCGGGAUUACAAAGAUAGGGAUUAUAGGAGACGAAGUCGUAGUAGGAGUCAUGACAGGUAUGAACAUGAUCGAUAUCAUGGGAAAGACAAAGACUAUCGGCGUCGAAGCAGGAGCCGUAGUGCUAGUCCUGACUAUUCUAGAGGCCGAGGAAGAGGGCGCUAUGAAGAUGAUCGGCGGAGUAGCAGUAGAUCAAUGAGUGCUUCACCUGCUCGCCGCAGCCCUAGUCCUCGGAAGAGUCCUUCCCCACGAAAGGCAUCACCGCCUAGGGGUGAAAGUCCUGAUAUACACAGCCGUCAUAGAUGGUCUCUAAGUCCUCGAAAUGUUUCACCGCAAGGCCGUCCUGCUAAUUCUCGAGGCCCAUCUCCUCGAAACUCAGAUGUUGAACAAUGUUCGGGGAAAGAGUGACUUGGGCAAAGGGACAUCAUGUUGAUGUUGUAGCUGUUGAUGCUGUUUAUUUCUGUAGAUGAUUGAUCGUGAUUAUAUUUGUAGAUGAAUGAUCGUGAUUGUGUGAUGCUGGUUAUAGCAGUAUGGUAAUUGCAGGGGACAGUUUGUUAACUAUUUUUAACUGAAAGAUAUGAUGAUUGGUAAGACCUGUAGUAAGUCUCGGUUUCUGAAAAGCAAUGCAUCAUUCAGGUUUCUGAUGUUUCCAUGUGAUUAUCCUCUGCUCCGCUGAUUUCUAUCUAUUAGCACUGAGGUUUAGUUGCUGUGAUGGUAUGAAAGGACCAAAGAUGAAUUUUUUGACCUGUGGAAUGUUGCAUAUGAUGGACCUAUGAUGCAUUAGGCCUGAUGCGAAUGGUAAAAUUAAAAAUGUAAUGUCUUGAUUUGAACAGAAUAACUACAUUGAUUGAAGAGAAUAACUUGUUUCUGUUUAAUUGUUUCAUUGUUGUAUUCUAGCAUUCAUGUUUAACCAAACCAUUUUGCUAAUGUUUUGAGUUGUAGCAAAACUGUCCGUGACCGUAGCUGUGCAAUGGUGGUUGUGCCAAUUCUGUAGAUACAUGUGGCUUGUGGGUAAACCAUUGAGCACCAACAAAUAAGCCGUAGCAGGCUGUUGCUGCCUUUGUUGUUGGGCCAUGUUGAUAAUGGUUCUAGCAGUCGCCUAGCUUUCUUGCUGGUCAGUGGGUAGUGGGCUCUUGCUGCCCUUCCUGUGGUGUCAUGUCAGUUUUGGACUUUGGUACUGGCAGUGUUGGGGUACUUUUUAGUGACAAAUAAGUUGGCUGCCUCUUUGGUUUAAGCUUAAAGGGUUAAUGAAAUGGAUGACUCUUAAAUUAUAAUGAAAUGUGUGAUAAGGUAGAUCAUUAAAUUUGUUAAUUAAUUUAUGUAUUUGGAAGAUUAUUUGUUUGGCAAUUGUUAUUAUUUGAAAUUAUUUAUUUUAAAGUUCUAUCAUAUGAGUAUCACAUUAGUCAAUAGCUUUGUGAUUCAUAUAUUACAUUAAAAAUUUUAAAGUUCAAAUGUUACAUUGAAUAUUUUUAUAGUUUAAGGUUCAUUAAGAUAUUAAUCCAAGAUUAAAUUGCAAUUUUCAUUAUAAUUGUAGUUUCCUAAGGGCUUAUUUUAAAUAUUUGUCAGCAUAGGAUGAUUCAUUCUUAGUUAAUCCUUCGAUCUUGCAUCUCGUAUUACACAAAUUACAUGAAACAGAUUAGUGGAAUUAUAAUUAACCAAUGUCGGUUUCUGGUAAAAUCUUGAACGGUAAAGCUCCAAUUCAUUUUUAUGUUGUUUCAUAUCAUAUGAGUUGAGAUUUAACUUUUAAGAUCAUGCUGGGUACAAAUUUAUUCGGUAUUUUAAAUUAGUUUAAUUGUUACAAUUUAUAUUUUUGUGGGAUAUUA